CACACCACAGCUCUCGGGUCUCGGCCUCCUCUUCCCUCCCCUCGUCCGACUCCGACGACCACCACCGACGGCGGCGACGAUGCAGGCGGCGGCGGCGGCGGCGCGGCGCCACCUCCUCGACCAGCACCACCUCUCCCCGGCCUCCUCGGCCGCCAUCGCCGCCUUCAGAUCCGCCGCCCAGCCGGCGCUCGGGCCCCAAGGGUUGGGCGGGGCGGAUGGCGCGAGGUACAUGUCCGCGCGGGCGCCGGCCGUCAAGGGCGCCGGGCAUCUCGUCCGCAAGGGCACCGGAGGGAGGUCGUCCGUGAGUGGAAUCGUCGCUACGGUGUUUGGAGCUACUGGAUUUCUUGGACGCUAUGUCGUUCAACAACUUGCGAAGAUGGGAUCUCAGGUUCUUGUCCCAUUCAGAGGUUGUGAGGAUUCUCACCGCCACCUGAAAUUAAUGGGUGACUUGGGUCAGAUUGUUCCAAUGAACUACAACCCAAGAGAUGUGAAUUCUAUUAAGACUGCCGUGGCCAAGUCAAAUGUGGUCAUUAACCUCAUUGGACGGGAGUAUGAAACAAGAAACUAUGGGUUUGAAGAAGUAAACCAUCAAAUGGCUGAACAACUUGCAAUGAUAUCCAAGGAGCAUGGGGGUAUCGUGAGAUUUAUCCAGGUUUCUGCUUUAGGGGCAUCAGCCUCUUCACCUUCUAGAUUGCUUAGGGCGAAGGCUGCUGGAGAGGAAUCUGUGUUGAAAGAAUUUCCUGAAGCUACAAUUAUGAGGCCGGCAACCCUUAUUGGCACAGAAGAUCGGAUUUUGAACAGAUGGGCAAUGUAUGCCAAAAAUUGGGGUUUCCUCCCACUUUUUGGCGGUGGAUCUACAAAGUUUCAGCCUGUUUAUGUUGUGGAUGUUGCGGCUGCCAUUGUCAACUCCCUCAAGGAUGAUGGCACCAGCAUGGGAAAGACCUAUGAGCUUGGUGGACCAGAUAUUUACACUGUUCAUGACCUGGCUGAAAUGAUGUUUGAAACAAUACGCGAAUAUCCAAGAUACGUGAAUCUUCCUUUCCCUAUUGCAAAGGCUAUGGCUUCUCCAAGGGAAAUGCUGCUAAACAAAGUGCCUUUUCCUCUACCGACUCCUUCCAUUUUCAAUCUUGAUCAGAUCAAGGCACUCACCGUAGACAACCUAGUGUCUGAGAAUGCUCUCAGUUUUGCGGACCUGGAAAUCAAGCCUCACAAGUUGAAGGGUUACCCUACCGAGUUCCUUGUCUGCUACAGGAAGGGCGGGCCAUCUUUUGGUUCUACUGUCAGUGAGAAGAUGGGGAGCGCGGAUGUGGCCCCCCGGUUCUGAAGACGACGUAGAAUUAAUGGUCAUUUAGUUUUGAAGAUAAAAUUGUUGUUGUGUUUUGUUUUCUUGCCAUCUGCCGCUGAUGCCAGAUGCCUCACCCCUGGGCAGGACCAGAUUUGAUGCAAACCCUGCCCUUAUUUCCCGUAUCAAUAAGAAAAGGCACGAUGUAUUGUGAACUUUCUUGAGUUGGAAAUGCAAAGUAAAUCGGAUCGUUGCUAGGGUGACAACAAUUGCAGAAUAUAAAUCUCAUCGCUCAUGUGGCUGAGCAAUAAAAUUGUUUCAAAUUC